AUGCCUGAAGAUUACUCCUACAAGAGCUCCGGCACCAACAGCCAGGUUACUGACACGCAACCGUUUCAUCAAMAGGGCAACCACUAUUGCUCCCGCGACUAUGGUAGCGAGGCAGCAAACCCCAACUCUUACCACUAUUCCAACUCGGACGGCUCGUACUAUUACAGCAACCCCAACGGCAGCACCUAUUACAACAGCGGCAGUGGCUAUUCCAGCUACACUCCUCCCAGUGGUGGGAAUGGUGGCAGCAGCGGUGGAAAGAAGUAG